GACAAAAUGAUGAAUUGGAACUCUUUUUAACUGCAUAUCCGUUUUAAGAAUUUACUGGUGAUCGUAGAUAUGGCAUAGCUGCUCACCCUUCUAAAAAUGCAUUUUAAUUCUUGGAAACUGAAUGUUUAAUGCGAGAGCUGGAAGAGUUAGACAAUGUGCGAGUGCGCCCAGCAACACAGGUUCAUGCCUUCGGUCGUUGUAUCUUUACUGCGGAUCAGAUUCACUUGCACCUUCUAUUGUGUGGUUAUUGGACGGUCUUUGUGAAGUUGUUUUCUGGAUUCCUCUCGAGUAAGGACUUUUGGAAACAGCUCUUGAAACUGUUGAUGAUAUCGAUAUCGAAACCAGCAAGGGCGCCCUCGCUUCGCCGAGUGGAAGAGAACCUACUGUAUACCUAUGCUUGUCAAAUAUCUACUAAGAGCAAUUUCUUCAUUGCCAUCAGGUGUUGUCUUUUGGUAAGAAAUCUGGAUGGUUCAACCAUGGCAUGGGCACAACGGCAACAUCCUGCAAGAGAAAUAAUUAGCCAACAUGAUUCAACCAAAGAUCCACCCUCGCUUCCUUGGUGUAGAGCUUCGCUUAUCGCGCUACUAAUUGGAAGAAAGCAGUUUCUCUUUUCUGAAGCAUACUUCGGCGAAGGGAACGAUUAUAGUAGUUUCUUCCGUUAUAACCUGGCUUGGACUGCUGCAGUUACUACAUGUAUGGUAUUGAUAUUAACCGCAAUGCAAGUUUGUGUCGCGAUAAACGGCUCCAAAACAGCCCUGUCUUUCUACAGGCAUAAUAUGUCUUCACAAUGCUGGCAUUUUUGGGGCCUGUAGACACAGUUAGUCUGGAAUCUCUGCGC